UCUCAAAAUGUCACCGCUAAGACAGCUUUCUUUCCUUUUCAGAUUUUCACAAGAAAACUACCAAAAGAAUACCUACUUCUUCCUUUUCUUUAUUUUCUCAAACAGAACCCAGACUAUUAUAAUCAAAAUGAUCCAAAAUUCAACACUAAAUUAAAGAAAACUUCAUUCCCCUAAAUAUAGAUCUAGUUAUGUCUCAAGAACAAGAAGACCAAGAACCCAAAAGGGUUAAAUUCCCACUAGAUUCAAACUCGUACAAAAUCCUAAACGAGAUUGGUGUUGGUGUUAGUGCUGUAGUUUACAAAGCAGUAUGUAUUCCCAUGAAUUCUACUGUUGUCGCUAUCAAAUCCAUUGAUCUUGAUCAAUCUAGAGCCGAUUUCGAUAACCUUAGAUGGGAAACAAAAACGAUGUCGCUUCUUUCACAUCCAAAUAUCCUAAAAGCCCAUUGCUCCUUUAUUGUUGGUAGUCGACUUUGGGUCGUUAUGCCUUUUAUGUCUGCUGGUUCCCUCCAAUCUAUAAUCUCCUCUUCUUUCCCUGACGGUUUGCCAGAGCCAUGCAUUGCCGUAGUUCUUAAAGAAACUCUAAACGCACUGUCGUAUCUUCACAACCAAGGCCACUUGCAUAGAGAUAUUAAAGCAGGCAAUAUUCUUAUAGACUCAAAUGGUCGUGUUAAGCUAGCAGAUUUUGGCGUAUCAGCUUCCAUUUACGAAUCCAUUACAGGAAGAGGAUGGGGCCAAUCGUCUUGUUCAUCAAGAUUGAUGCUUACAGAUGUUGCAGGAACUCCUUAUUGGAUGGCACCAGAAGUUAUACACUCGCAUACAGGGUAUAGUUUUAAAGCUGAUAUAUGGUCCUUGGGUAUUACUGCAUUAGAAUUAGCACAUGGUAGACCUCCUUUAUCGCAUUUACCUCUUUCGAAAUCUUUGAUUGUGAAAAUAACGAAAAGGUUCCGUUUUUCUGAUUAUGAGAAACACAAAAAAGAUAAAAGCAAAAAAUUCUCUAAAGCUUUUAAAGAUAUCGUUGCUUCUUGUCUUGAUCAAGACCCAUCGAAAAGACCUUCUGCUGAGAAGCUUUUAAAGCAUCCAUUUUUCAAGAACUGUAAAGGGUUAGAUCUUUUAGUAAAGAAUGUUUUGAAUGGAUUACCAAGCGUUGAAGAAAGAUUUAAAGAAAAUAAGGCUUUAUAUGGAUUAGAUAUUAAAGGUAGUGAUAACGCAGAAGAAGAAGAUGAAGAAGAAAAGUGUGACAAUGAAAUUGUUAAGAUUAGAAGAAUUAGCGGGUGGAAUUUUAAUGAAGAAGGUUUCGAGCUUCACCCAGUAUUUCCUACUGACGAUUCGCUUGUGAAACAAGUUCGUUUUGGCGGUGAAAGUAUCAUUCAAGACAAGAAAGUUGAACUGAGUGAGUCAGGCGAGUCGGGCGGGGAUUCAUCCGGUGGAAUUGGAGAUAUUGAGGGUAGUAAGGGAAAAGGUGACAGAGAAAUUGGUGGGUUUGUUGAUAAGGAGACAAUGGUAGGAGGGUUAAUGGUGCUGAAGAAAAGUUUAGAUGAACAAAGACAGAAAGUAGCAAACCUAAUCGUUAUGUUAGGAGGGGAAGUUUCAAGAGACGAACAAUUAGUGCAAGCAGUUGAGAGACUAAGUAUGGAACUGGAGAAUGAGAAGCAUAAGAACUUUGAGUUGGAGAUGGAAUUGGAAUUUCUGAAGCACCUAAUUUCUGGUGCGUAUAAUGGUUGUGGCACUUAAUUAAGAACAGUAAUUUUGUUGGUUUUAAUUAAUUAGUGAUAAGGCAGAAUGAACUUUGUUCUUCUGAAAUAAAACAAAAUGAAUUAUAAAUUUUACUUUUUUAGUUUUUGUUU